AUGAAGGGCGCACGAGAGUAUCGCCGGAACAGAGAUAACUUCAACACGUACGACAUGGACCCAGACUCUCAGAAGUACAUGCACGCCUUGUUGAAGCUCGUGCAGCUGGCGCAGUGCCUGCAGCCCAACGAGGACGCCUCCAAGAAUUGCGCGUGGCCCUCAGGGAGCGUGAGCUGGGUAUUUGGUUUGGCCUGGGUACGGGUUUGCUUUCCAAAUCGGGAAGCCUCUGACAUGGAUGGAAGGGGAAAACCAAUUGGACACCAACCAACUUGA